UUUGUGUGAAAUUAUGCGUGUAUGUGAGUGAGUGACAGUGUGUGAAGAUGCGUGAAGUGAACCUCCCAUUAAGUACUCCGUUUCUCACUCUCUUUCCCCUCCCUGUUCACGUCGAGUAUGUGUCUGUUUUUUGUCUGCUAACCUGCGCGGGUCUGCCAUAUUUGCAGCUCAGAAGAUCAUGAUAGCCUUUCAUUUCAUCAUCACCACAUCUCUUUCACUAUUCCCCUUUCUCUCUCUUAAAACCCCAGCCAUCUCUUUCACCUCACUUUCCCCCUAGCUCUCCAUUUUCUCUCUCUAAAAAUAGACUGUCCUCGUUCAUGGCGGAGGGAUUUGAACCAUACCAUGUCCCACAACAAAGCAGGAGAGAUAAACUCAGAGUUGGGUGCGUAGAAAGCCUCCAAGGGUGCGCAGGUUUACUCCCUUUCUACGAUCCAUCACUCCUCCCUUCCGAUUUGCUAACCUGCGCCAACCUCCACCACCAGAACAACCACCACCACCACCACCACCCACUUAGCGAGUCGACCUGCAAGUCAAACCCCAGCUCGUCAAACCGUUGUGAGGUUGUUAAAGAAGAAGGUGUGAAUUUGAUGGGUUACGUUGGAGGGAUUUUGAGUACGUCAUCAUCAUCUUCCACUCCACACCCGCACCAUUUAUACAUGGAUCCACAAUCCUCUCUCCAAAUAAACCCUAGCUCGAUUCAAGAAAUGAACAGCAACAACCCUUUUCUCUACUCCCCUCAAAACUUUCGAAUUUUCGACCAGUCCUUUAAUGGCGGUGAUGUUGUGGUGUUUAAACCAGAACCCUUGUCGAUGGCCCAUCAUGAUCAGGCUAAUAACACCAAUGGGCAAGCGUUGUCUUUGUCUCUGUCUUCGCAUCACAAUCACAAUAAUCUUCCUCUGGAACUGAAUCUGCAAAGAUACGAUCAGUCCUCGAGUUUCAGUCAUGACAAGGUGGUGGUUUCCGGUGGCGGUGGCUAUGUUGUUCCGGGCAUUGUUGGUGGUAGUGGUGGUGGUUCGACUUCAAAUGAUGUGUCGAGAAGCUCGGUUCCUCUCGGGCCGUUCACCGGUUAUGCUUCGAUUCUCAAGGGUUCGAGGUUCUUAAAGCCUGCACAGCAAUUGCUUGAAGAGCUCUGUGAUGUGGGUCGGGGAAUUUACGCUACUGAAAAGAUUACGCCCGACUCAUCUUUGAUGGAUCCUUCAACAAGAAGUUUUGGUGAAACUGCAACUAUUGAUGAUUCGAUUAGUAGCUCCGGAGAUGGGGGUGAGCAUCGGAGGAAGAAAUCAAGGCUAAUUUCGAUGCUCGAUGAGGUUUACAGGAGGUACAAGCAUUACUACCAACAGAUGCAGGCAGUUGUAGCAUCAUUUGAAUCUGUACCUGGGCUUAGCAAUGCAGCUCCAUUUGCAAACUUGGCUUUAAAAGCCAUGUCAAAACACUUCAAGUGCUUGAAAAAUGCAAUCACUGACCAGCUGCAGAUGGCAACAAAAGAUCAUGAUCAUUUAGGCUACAGGAAAGAUGAGACUCCAAGGUUUGGGAACUCUGAUAGAGGCCUUUAUAGCCCUAGACCAAUUCAUAAACCGGGAUUUCUUGAACAUCAACCUGUUUGGCGUCCCCAAAGAGGACUCCCUGAGCGUGCCGUUACUGUGCUCAGGGCAUGGUUGUUUGAACACUUUCUGCACCCCUACCCUACCGACACGGACAAGCUUAUGUUAGCUAACCAGACUGGUCUCUCGCGUAGUCAGGUCUCGAACUGGUUCAUCAACGCGAGAGUGAGACUCUGGAAGCCAAUGGUGGAAGAAAUACACAUGCUUGAAACACGACAAGCUCAGAAAGCUUCACAAAGGGAGGAACAAAGUAAUGAAAGGCCAAACGAUCAUUUGCCUACAGCGGACUUGCAUGCAUCAGAGAACACAUCAACCCAGAGAGCUGCGGACAUUUCAUCUAAACGCACCAGAAACGACAUUCCUGAGAUAUCUAUGGGGAAUGAUGAGCCAAUUAUGAAUUUGUCUUACAACAAUUUGUCACGCCAUCCGCAUGUUGGUCUUGGUAUGAGCACUGCAGGUGGCAGUGGUGGUGUUUCUUUGACACUUGGCCUCCACCAGAAUAAUAAUGGGGUUGGCUUACCGGAACCCUUUCCGAUUAAUGCAGCUCGUCGUUUUGGUCUUGAAGCAAACAGCGAGGGGUAUGUAAUGAGUUUCGAAGCACAAAAUCGACAAUUUGGAAGAGACAUUAUGGGAGGACAACUCUUGCAUGAUUUUGUUGGCUAAAGAUAUCCUUUUUCAAGAGCUGUCUUCAGAUCUAGUUGAAUAAUAUACUGAUCAGAGAAGCUUUAGUUGGAAAUGCUGUCAUCGACCAUCUGUAUCUAAGCAGCAAGACACCGAAUUGUUGCCCCAUUCUGGUAUCAGAAUGUAUGUUCGAAGAUAGCAUAAUUUUUAAAAUUUUACAAACUGGUUUUAAAUGUUUCCUUCUAGAUGUGUAUACAACCAAAUUAUCGCAUGAAAUAUGCUGGUAAAGCUUAUAUUAUAUAUUGUGCGUUGAUACCGUGAUUAAAAUA